AUGGCCGCCUUCGUAAGGGUCUCUGGGCCCCCGAAUAGUAACUUUUUGGUCGGUUAUCCGGGCAUAUCAGCUACCCUGCCCCGAAUCGAAGGCAAAGUCGAAAUCCGGCCAUCCCAGGGCUAUUCUGCGCCCGUUGCUAUCUCCCUUGUCCGCAUAUGCCUCCAACGCCGGGAGACGAUCCACCCAGCCGCCGAAAACGUUGCCAAACGACACUUGGGCACCCCGCGGCGUGAGACCACCGAUGUUGUUGGCAAGGAACUUCUACUCUUCCGCUGCCAGAGCGGUCGUGAAGCUGAGAGCGUCAUCGCCAUGGACCUGCCUUUUGUCCUCUUCAUCCCCUUUGGACGCGGUGGCGAGGAGACGAAUCGCCGUAUCCCCCCGGCCUCUCUCCAGCUUCCGAGCCGCACGGCCGAGACAUACUAUGAGCUCGUCGUGACGGUACAACAAGGCCACAGCGUGCAGAAUAAAUACGCCUUCCCCGUACCUCUGCAGCGGUACGAUACCCUCUCGACUUUUGGUAUGUACAACAAGCCCGAGACUCGUACCAGCCCCGGCGAUAGCGUCGUCACCCUCGGCAUAUCCGUUCCCAAAUGGAGCUACGGACCUAUGGACCCCAUCACCGUCUACAUUAAGCUCGUACCCAACCUCGACUGGUUGAAGAAGGCCCUCAAGGUCACCAUACAGAAGUUCAUCGUUUCCAUUGACGAGGAAAUCACGUUCAACCCGGAAGGCGACGAGCCCACCAAGAAGGUCAAUCGGAUUGCGAAGCACACACACAAUGUUUCCACGAAACUACCCGAGGCCGGCUAUGCCACCAACCUUAGUCUUGUCUUUCCUGCCAAGGACUUGCGCGACUCGGACGGAAUCAUCAGGAGAGGGAAGCCCGCCUUCCCCAUGUACGAGGUGACAUCUUUCACUACGACCUCGACACUCUACAAGAUCGAGUUCUACCUAACCGUCAAGGCGCAACUCAGCUCCGCUCGCGACAUUACAGCGCGGAUACCCUUGGUAAUAUGUCCAAUGGACCAGCAGGCCUGCAAGGAGGAAAUGGACGCCAUCGAGCAAGCGGCUAAGGACGCUUCUCUCGUCGAUCAGAACAACCCCAUGCUACCCGCGCGCUCUAUCGUCCUGGCUAAUGACCUGGAUGCCCUCAAAACGCUUGGCCUGUGUAUUGUUGGGGGUCAGAAGAAACCCCUGAUUGAGUGA